CUCAGAGGCACUUCAAUGACUGGGCUAUCACAUCCGAACUUCUAUAGGACUGGUACAGAGUUAGUUUGUAAGGGGCUGAAGUUUGGUAUCAUGAACACUGUUCACUUCAACUCCUGGAGACAUUAAGAGAAUACCCUUUAAGAUCCUUGUGUGGAUAACUAGGCCUACACGAUGGAAGCAGGUGCGUUCAUGGAGGAGUACUCCAAAAGAGUGUACCAGGGUGUCAGGGUCAAACACACUGUCAAAGACCUUCUGGCAGAGAAGAGACAGAGACAGACAAGUGUUCCCAGGUUCAACCAGGCUGGGACAAGUAAUUCCCAGGCAGCCUUUGUGCAGAUGCCAGGAUCCCAUAUGCUUCCUGGUUACUAUAGCAUGAGGAGGCCCCCCUACCUGACUGACUCAGACUUCAGCCCGUCCACUAAACAGUACUCCUCAGAUCCCUACAGCUCAGCCCUGGGGGGAAAGGCCCUCUCCUACGACCACCCCUCCACUUACCCUGCCUAUAUUGACAGCUACUAUACACCCGAGUCAUUUGGGGACUACCGUGGUGCCACAGCCUUCUCUACCAGCGGAGGAUCCCUCUUCCCCACCUCGUCUCUACCUCAUCUGCUACCACCUCUCCCUGGGGAAUCAUCAAAUCUCCUCCUGAGAGACUCUUGGGAGCAGUCUGACGGACACUCAGUGAGCCAGGAUGAGGUCCUGUGUUCCGAGGGCCCAGUGCCCACCACAGCCUCCUCUGGCCUGGCUUCACCUGACCCCGACAGCCCCUCCCUCUAUCGGCUGAUACCUGGCCGUAGUGGAGGAUCCACCCUGUCCGGCUCCCAGCCCUACUCUCUACACCCCCUGGAAGAGGUGCACUACCCUGGUGCCUCGUACAGCCCCUCAUCCAGCUACCCCUCCAGUUACACAUAUUUGACAUCCCCAGGGGAGACUCCAGGGGUCAAGGUAUCACCUGUGCCCUCGGAGGACCCUGGCAGUGUAGCCGUCAACCUCAGUGAUGCCUCGUGGGCCAAGGAUGACGGGACUGGCUCUUGGUUGCCAUAUGAACCCAGGAAGGCCUAUUGAUACGCAUGGACACUGACUGAGACACGGACUGACAUGUCGUUGUGGACAUUAAUGGAUAGAUACAGUACAGUUCACUACAGAGUCACUACCACAGAGAAUGUGGCUGAAUGUGGAUGUGGGUUUGUUAUACAAUAUAAUUAUAUACUUUGUAUUCCGUUUGACCUGUAUAUAAACAUUUCAUUGUGCAAAUGUUAAAAUACAGAUAUAAAUCUUU